AUGACAGUCGCCGAUGGGCUCGCCCUCCCGGGCGGCCUCGCGGCCAACCAGCUCGAGAUCGUCGAAGCCUUCACGCCAGUACUCCUCAAGCUCUGCGGCCUGCGCCUCGAGGAAGUCCUCCUCGCGCCGGGCGUCUACGAGUGCUACGGCGUCGACGUCAACAUGACCGAGCUCGCCGCGGAGGCCGUGCACCUCGCCGAGGGCCUCAUACGCGCACCGCGCGGUGUCCUGCGCAGCAUGACGGUCGCGCUGCAGCGCGCGCAGGAGGAGAUCCUCGAGCACCACCCGCAGCGGGCGAGCAUGGCCCGGAAGGACAACGUCCAGGUCCGGCCGCACGGCCUCCCGUAUUACCUCGACCCGUCGGACCCCACACUGCAUCCGGGGAUUUCCGGGAUCCGCUCCGUGCACGUGGGGAAGCUCGUGACGAUCCUGGGGACGGUCGCGCGCACGGGCGCGAUCCAGAUGCUCGAGGCGGGGCGGCUGUACGAGUGCACGAGGUGCAACCACGCGUUCAUCGUCGACGCGGAUCUGGAGUCCGGCGGCGUGCUGCCCAUCCCCACUGCGUGCCCCAACCACACAGACGCCCCCUGCGCGGGCAAGUCGUUCCGGCACCGCAUGGACGUGCCGCUGCACGCCGACUUCCAGGAGGUGCGCUUGAAGGAGCGGCUCAGCAUACCUUCUGUGGGCGCCAACACACGUUCGCUGACGAUCUACGCGCUGGGCGACCUCGCGGACCGGUGCCGGCCGGGGGACGACAUCGAGGCGACGGGGCUGGUCGUGCGGCGGUGGCGGUCGCUGCAGCCGGGGACGCGGUGCGAGGUGGAGCUGGUGGUGCACGCGAUGCACAUCGACGUGCUGACGGGGAGGCGGGGCGCGGUGGAGGUGGGGCCGCGGGACGCGGAGGCGUUCGAGGGGUUCUGGGCGGCGCACCGCGGCGGAGCGCCUGGGCGGGACGGCGCGUGGGGGGAGCUGGCGGGGCGGAACAAGAUUUUACUGGGGGUGUGCCCGCAGGUGCACGGGAUGUUCACGGUCAAGCUCGCGACGAUGCUCGCUCUGAUCGGGGGCGUGUCGCGCAAGGCGGACAGGGCCGCGGGGGCGGGCACAGCGGCGCAAGGCGGGCAAGCGGCGCAGGCGAACAAAGGCGGCGCAGGGCCGAACGUGCGAGGCGAGGUGCACAUGCUGUUGGUGGGAGAUCCCGGCACCGGGAAGAGCCAGUUCCUGAAGGCGGCGGCGCGGCUGGCGCCCAGGAGCGUGGUGACCAGCGGCAAGGGGACGAGCUCGGCCGGCCUGACCGCGAGCGCUGUCAAGGACGCGAACGGGUGGGCGCUGGAGGCCGGGGCGCUGGUGCUGGCGAAUGGGGGGGUGUGUUGCAUCGACGAGUUUGGCUGCCUGAAGCCCGGGGACCGCACCGCCAUCCACGAAGCCAUGGAGCAGCAGACGCUGUCCAUCGCGAAGGCCGGGGUGGUGUCUCAGCUGCAGACCUGCACGACCGUAUUUGGAGUCAUGAAUCCGAAGUCGAAAACGUACGACUCCUCGCUGCCGCUGACUGAGGUCACGGGCCUGUCGGGCCCCCUCCUCUCCCGCUUCGACGUCAUCCUCGUUCUCCUCGACCAAAGGGCGCCGCGCUGGGACGAGACGGUGUCUGCGCACGUCCUGCGCGCGCACCAGGCCGCGGUGCCCGCGGACGAGGCCGAGGAGCGGGCUGCGACGCGCCGCCGCACUGCGCGCUCCGGCGAGGACGACGGCGCCGAGGCCGCGGUCGGCGCCGGCGGCGGGUGGUCCCCCGAGACGAUCCGCAAGUACGUCGCGUGGGUCCGCGCCGCGUUCGAGCCCGUCAUGGGCGCUGACGCGAGGGGGCUGUUGAUGGACUACUUCCAGGCGCAGCGGCAGUGGGCGCACCGCGAGGCCGCGCGAACGACGGUGCGGAUGCUCGAGAGCCUCGUGCGGCUCUCGCAGGCGCACGCGCGGCUCAUGGCGCGCCGCGAGGUCACCAGGCAGGACGCCGUCAUGGCCAUCGUGGUCGCCGAGUCGGCCGCCGCGACGUCGCGCCUCCUGGGCAACACCGCCGUCCUGCAGGGGGGCUUCCCCGAGGACCCCGACGCCAUGUACGCCGGAAUGGAGGAGAGCCUGCUGCGCGCACUGCAAUUCGAGAACCCCAGCGCGGGCUGCGGCGUACUCGGGGUACACCCCCAGGGGGAGGGCGCGGACGGCCGCUGGGACGACGGGGAGGGGUGGGAGUGA